CUGAUGAUGUAAAACACCACUACUACUACUACUACUACUACUACCACUGGGCAUUGAGCCAUAGUGGCCAGAGUUACACCACGUCAGGAAACCUUAACAAGCUUGCUCCCUCGCCGACACAACCCCCAUUCCAUGCAUUUCCCGCCCAAGAUCCUUGCCAUGAUGAUGGCAUGGUGCGACCGAGAGACACUCCGAGCACUAGCUCUGUGCAGCAACCUAUUCCAAGUCAUCUGCACCCCACUACUCUACAAGCGAGACCUGCAAUCUUUUGUUCCGCGUUCUAUCGCCUGGGCGAUUUCUGAGUGCGAAGACGACUCCAUCUCGCUGCGUGUACUUCAUCAAGCUGGGCAGUUGGGGGCGGAUUUCCGAAGGAGGCUGCCGUACGACUGCUACCUCCGUCAUUGCGGUAUUGAUGUCUUUGAAUCCCGACGGGAUUGCUCAUUUCGAGGUACAGAGCUUUUGUCAGCUUUUCAGCUCGCUCUUCUGUUAGGUCGCGACAAGAUUGUUGCGUUUUUUCUGCAGAACGGAUUUUACAACCAGGACCUCAUGAUCGACGAUGGAGUUUGGCCUUUGCUCCAGCUCAAAGCGACCUAUGCUUCGCGUUAGGAGUACGACACCUUGAUUGCUCCGCUCUCUGCGUCGUACGGACAUUUACGACUAGUCUUUUCGCCGUUGGUUAAGGACGACGAAGUUGAGGUAACCGUUGCGAGGUUGUAAAGUACGACCCUUUCUUUCGUACCCUGGUUUCCAAUGUCGAUAGAGGAAGUUCUGUAGUAUUCGAAUAUAGGAGAAUGUUUAUUGUUAAAGUAAAACCAUUUAGACCUAGGUGUAGGCUGUGGUAGGAAUCCUGUUGUGGAGAAGGUUGUAAAUGUUGUCGUACUUAGGAUCGUUAUAAA